CCCGUCUCUCUCCCUUGCUUGUUGUCUCUCUCGCCAUUGAUGGAUUUGUAGCUUCCUCUCUCUCUCUCUCUUUCGCUCUCUCUGUCUUGCUUCAUCAUGGGUUUUUUGCUAGCAUCGACUAGAUCGACACAGUUUGAAGUAAGACCGCAUGCCUUUGUUUGCCGCCGUCCAGUUGCUGGCUCUGAUAGAGUACCUAACGAGAAUGCUAUGGGACACGCGGCUAGAGAAGCACGACAUUGCACAGUCGAGCGAGCCGAGCUUGGUCCUGUCCUUAGUGUAUUGUGCAGCGUGCCUGUCUGGUCUGGUCUGUUCUGGCAGGCAGUCUGCCGCCGCUCCUAGGCCUCCAUGUCUCUGGUCAACCCCACGCGCAGAAGGAAUGAAGCGGGCACUGGGCAGUGGUGGAGAGGGGGCCACUUCAAGGCGGAUGGCCAGGUCAAGAUCAAGGUUGGAUCAAGCAGGGAUCCUGGGACGAAAUUCCGGAUGGUGUCAACGACGAUGGUUCAGCGAGAGCAGGUGCACAGAUGUCGGUCCCGUUCGGCGGCGCACAAUGUGCCCCUCGGCGCUUUCGCCGAAAAUCCCGCGUGCAAUGGAAAUAUGAGACCUCGGGAGCUCGGAACAUGCCCCUCUGCAGGACAAUCACCCGUGUGAUGCGGAUACACGGGAGGUUUUGCUGAGAGCUUGAGUCGGGUAGUACACCUCUGUCUGGGUGGCUAGCAUUCGUGUCUGAUAGUCCUGUUCGUUACCUUGCUUGUUCGGUGGCACAGCCAAGUCCCAAAUUUGGCACUCGACCGGGCAGCCCCGCAUGGCGAACUAGGGGUUGUUGUUGCUGUUGUUGUGCUCGAUCCCGGUGCCUCGAUCUUUGUUCGGUUGAAAGGGUUAGUCAGCGGAAACGGUUAUUGCGUAACAUAUGGCGCUGGUGGCAAUCGUUGAACCCGAAAGCAAUGGCCUUGGGGAACAUGGACGUUAUCACCGACGCCUCCACACGCUGCGAUCGGUUCUUGGCCCCUUCUAAGGACUCUUUUCGCCCCGCUUGGUUGGCAGCUCACUGUCUUGCCU